AUGAUCAAUAACUGGAAAUCACAAAAAGAUACAAAUUCUACAAACACCUUUUUAACCAGUAAAGAUCUAACCGAAAUAACACAACAGGCCAAAAAUCUUAUCGCACCUCCACAGUUCUCAACAUUAGAUGCCAAGAUUUCUUCUGGUUUUUCAAUUGAAAGAAAUCAAGCAGAAUCCUAUGAUGAUGAAUGUACUGAUGCUUUUGCUUCCAAUGGUCAUGAUUUUAAUUUUGAUUAUGAAAACCAAGAUGCAAUGGAUAUCGUAUAUAAUAAUCAUGAGCAGCAACAAUAUCAUCAAGAUUCUCCUAUUGCAACUUUUGAUAUAGCAAUUGAAAAAAUCGAUAAUUAUGGACAGACAACAUUACAAUUACCUUCAUCAUUCUAUAAGACAUGUUAUGGUCAAAAAUUUCAGUGUUAUUGUAACAGAUCUAAUACAAAAUUCGAUCAAAUCAAUCUUUUAGGUCAACAAUUUACUUCUAUGGAUUGCAGAAAUAAACGUGGAUCGUAUGUACAAGCAAAGAGUCCAGCUAAAGAUGGUGUAUUUCAAUUAUUUUGUGAUCAAGAUGCAAAACAACAUGUUUUCGCGUUUGUUGGAUGGUAUGAAGCUUCAGAAAAAGAGCUUGAAUCUUUUUCAGCACACAACAUUGAAGUUUGGAGAAAUAAUUUUGAAUCUAUUAGCUCAUUAUCAUCAAUAUUACCAGUUCAACAAAUAUACACUUGUGUUGCUGUAGCAGAUUGUAUUAACGAUUUAUUUUAG